AUGACCACCGGCACCUCCUCCUUCUCAUCAUCAUCAGGAGGAGACGUCUACUGGCAAGCAGACACUCCCUUGCCACUAGCAGUAGACGCUAUUGAUAUCAGGGAAGUGCCAGGAGAGGUUCAAUUCAGUGAGGAGACCGUGAAAGGUGCACAGAAGUACUGGGAGGACGUAGUAAUUACGUCCAAUCCCAAGACCUUCGAUGGUCGCGUAUGGGGAGUACGGCAAUGGCGAUCUUUGGGCCCUAACAAACUUCAAAUUGAUUUACAGAAGUCGUGGUAUCGGUAUCAGCUUUACCUCCACUUUUCCCCACGGGCCCUUUCCCUGAAGGAAAAGUUGAACCCAUUUGGGUGUUGUGCUAUCACUCUGGUGGACAACAGUACUGCAAUAGUGGCUGGGAGAAGGUCUUCGCAGGUUGCAUGCUGUCCUAAUAUGUGGCAUCUUACUCCUGCGGGCACUGUUGACAUCGACGAUCCGGUGGCUGUGAUAAGGAAGGAACUGUUGGAAGAGCUGGGCGUAUCUCGGAGGUCUCUCGAUGUUCGUUUGCUCGGUCUUUUUAACACUGGUGAGGAGCAGGCCUAUAAGCCAGAGUUAGUCUUUGUCAUCGACUUGGGUGACACAAAGGCUGAAGAUAUCCUAUCGAGGCAGGCUGUGGACAAUUGGGAACAUAGCAGGAUACGAGCGAUACCAUUGACUGAGAUCGAACGAGUCCUGCAUGACCAGCCGUGGACUUACGUAUCGAAAGUUGCGAUUAGAAGUUUCCUCAGUGUAUAUAAACAUAUGUAA